AUGGACAAAAUAGGCAACCGAGCUGUCAUCAAGUAUCUCCACAUGAAAGGGCUCACCCCAACAGCCAUCCAUGCCGACAUGGUGUCAACGUUAGGAGAGGAUGCUCCUUCCUUUGCCACUGUUAAAAGGUGGGCAGCGGAGUUCAGGAGGGGAAAAGAGAGUCUCCAAGAUGAUCCAAGAUCAGGAAGACCCACAACUGUGACCACUAAGGAAAAUGUUGAUAAAAUAUGUGGUAUUAUUUUGAAUGAUCCAGGAAUCAGUGCACGCCGCAUAGCCAAUAAAGUAGGUAUCUCUCAAGAGAGAGUUUCCAACAUUCUCAGUAAUAAACUAGGCAUGACAGAAAGUUCAGAUGCUUCAAACUCCUGA